UUCUCGCGGAAGCAGGGAACAACGCGAGUUGUUGACGAAGCCUGGCAACGCUAAUGGCGCGAUCCAUGCGAAGGCGGUUCGCUUCAUGCACGGUGUAUAGCGCAACCAAGGAAACGUUUCUGCGCUCGUCACCUUUUCAGUAGAAAUCACGUUUGUUCAAGAAUGUAGCCUUUACGUGACGUUAGCAAUUUACAUAAUUUCCAUUGCUGUGCAUGUAAAUGUGCACAAAACAGAAAUGGCACCGACCUUGGCAAUACAGCCGAUGCACCUCUGCAUGCUCUUGAGAUUUCAAGCGCAUUUCUUAAGCAGAAAAACCAGAACUAUCUCACAGUACAUCCGCAGGUACAGUGACUUUUACGGAGCUCCAAAGCUGGGCCCGCCCGAGGUAUCAAGGAUACUACGUGCCAACGAACAUGGCUUAGACGUUCAAGCAAGGUCUCUCCGUGCUUUCGAGACAAACCAACUUCCUUCGAACAAUCCUAUGGAGGACCGUCUAGUGAUUGCUCGAUGCCUCCUGACGACAGGACACUUAUUUGGUGUGUUUGAUGGUCAUGGUGGUCACAUGCUCUCUGAACUCCUCAGCCAUCGCUUGUUUGACUAUAUCGCAUUGUCUAUACUACCUCCACAUAUUCUGAAACAGUACGUGGCUAAAAAUGAAAAGACACAUCUUGUCAAAAUGCUACAGGUGGAAACAUACUUGGAAAGUACUGAAAGGGAGAUUCAUUUUGAAAGCCUCAGCAUGUUUGCAAAGGAUCUUCUGACUUCGGCAGGUGGACAUUUCUCCAUGCAAGAUGCUUUACAAAGGGCGUUUCUUAGGCUCGACAAUGAUGUUUCAAGAGAGGUGCUUGAAAACAAGCUUCCAGAUUCACUCGUUUAUGCUGUUACUGGAUCCUGUGCAUGUGUUGCACAUGUUGAUGGCACCCAUUUACACAUUGCAUCAACUGGCGACUGUAAGGCUGUUCUUGGAAUACUCGGUGAUGAUGAUUCAUGGCGAGCAACAUCACUGAGCUUUGAACAUAAUGCAGACAACCUAAGUGAAUUGAGAAGAGUUCUAUCCGAACAUCCCACCUCAGAAGGAAACUCAGUCGUAAAACAAGACCGUCUUCUUGGUAAUUUGGCACCGUUUAGAGCCUUCGGAGACUUCAACUACAAAUGGAAGGGAAGCGUCAUCAAAGAGAAACUUAUCCCAAUAUUUGGACCACUAGUAUUGGCAGGGAACUACAAUACUCCACCUUAUCUUACUGCAAAGCCAGAAGUCACCCACCAUCACCUAACACCACGAGAUAAGUUUCUGGUAGUGGCUAGUGACGGGCUUUGGGAGCAGCUGCAGCCGCAUAAAGUGGUGAAGUUGGUAGGACAGCACACAAGUGGAAAGCAAACCCUCGAUCUUCUACGGCUUCCACGGCCACGAAUUAGACUAGGGGAUGUGUACGACAUUCUUCUGAUGCGACAGAAGGGGAUGGAACAGAAGCCAAUUGAUACCAAUGCCGCAACGCAUCUGAUUCGCAAUGCUCUAGGAAGAACAGAACGUGGUAUAGAACAUAGUAAAUUGGCGGCCAUGUUGUCUCUUCCUCAGCAAGUUGUGCGCAGUUUUAGGGAUGACAUAUCCAUUGCCGUUAUCUACUUUGACUCAGAGUUCCUCAGGCUCUCUCCUGCUUCCUAAACUGGGUGUCCAAGAUUGCUCAAAAGGAGUUACUACACUAGAACACUUGUAAUUGUUUCUGUUUCUCUGGGCUGCUACAAGCAGGACAAACUCUAGGUAUAUUGUUGCAACUAAGCAUGCAAGAAUAACAUUGGUAUGUAUGAGCAAAAAUCUUUGGUCUGUGGUCAAGCUAUAUUAGAUGAACUACUUAUCUUAGGGUUUCUCUGUUAUUUAUUGCUUGUCUGGAGUGAAAUGUCUUUGUGAUCUCGUAUUGCUUUUAUUAGUAGAAAUGUGGUAGUAAUUUAUUAUAGAGAUGAAGGAAUUGACUUUUUUUUUUAGGCACAUUUGGUUUAUUGUGUUUCAGACUGUGCCUUGUGCUGCUAUUCUAGUCACUGUCUGACAUAGUUGUUGGCUGUAGACAACAAGCUGUAAAAUCCAUAGCAAGGAGAGUUGAAAAAUAUGUGAAGGCUACUUGUUUUGGUGGUACGCAUGACUCCGCAAUACUGUACAGGUAUUAAAUUUUUUAUGGCGAUUGUUAUCGCUACUUUUAGCAUUGUUACAAAAAUAGCUCGUUCUAACUAAAACUGUGUAGCUACAAACAAGAAAUAAACACUUUCUUAAACAUG